CUAAUUAUCAGUAUCAGUAUCGGCUCUAAAGAACCGUUCAGGUCGACCCGUCGUGUUCAGGGUGCUGAUCACAUCCAUCAUCCUCUGAGCAGUAACUGUUAAAGCUGCUGGUUCUGAUCCAGAGCAAAGCUUUCAUUAACAUUUCUUCUUCUUACAAGCUAUUUCUGAACAUUUAUAACAAAUUAUCCUCUUAAAAACAAACUAAAAAACAUUUUUAUUCGAUCUUUAAUGGCACAGAAAUGUAGAACAGUGCAGCUCCAACACGCUGAGGGUCAUUUUAACAUACCUGGCUGAGGUUUUGUUUUCUGAGUUACUCUGUAUUCAGUGUUUAAUAACUAAACAAGGGAAUUAUAGAAGUAAUGAAUGAGAGCUGGAUGUCGCUGGCCUUAACAGUUAAAUACUCAUCGUGAAAUAUGUGGAACAUUUUUUGUUUGUUGACGUAGCAGCUGACGGAGGACGAGUGGUUGGAAACGCAGGAAGAGGCUUAAAACAGUUCUCAUCAAAAAAUAAAAAACUAAUUAUACAAAGUGUCUGUGAACCAGCUGUAAGUGAGACAACAGGAAGCUUUCACUGCGGUUCUGUUUAGAUGUCAUUGUUUUCCUUUUUGAAUAUCGGCCGAUGAGUUUUUUGACGUGUAUUGUGCAUUUAAGUUGUUAAAGGGAACUUUAACUUUAAAACCCUUUAACGUUUCAUACUGUACAUACAGUUCUACUACACUGUGUUUAAUCAUAAAUCACUGCAAUAUUUUAAAUUCCUCCUCUUCUGUUACUCUCAGAUUAUUUCCCUGCAUGUCUGUUGUCGGACCAGUUUGUGUUGAGCUGCUGUUAUCUGCUCCGUCAGCCUCCGUCAGCCUCCGUCAGCCUCCGUCAGCUCCACCGAGCCGCCGUGUUUACUGCAGCUGGUUCAGGUGAAACACGAACAGCAGUUUGCACAGCAGACGGCAAGCUUGAACACCAGUGUGCCACACAGUCAACAGCAAGGAGUCGCAAAGAGGAGAGAAAUUCACCAGACUCCAUAAGAAAAUCCUUCAAUUUAGAGAAGGAUCAGGUUGUUCUUACCGUGGAGUCCCAGCACAGGAUUGUUCCUGAUGGAUCCAGAUCAACCCGGCAGAACCGAGUCUCAGGUUCUCCUGGUUCUGCCUGCUGAGCUUCACUUUUCCUUCCGCCUGCAGCCAAACUCGCGGUCGUCAGCUGAUCCGACUCUCUCUGCCCAGCUCGCUCCGAGUUGUGCGGCAGCUUUUGUGUGUUUUCUUUAAAGUGUGCAGCCGCCCGGCCGGAGCCGCCUGAUGCUUUCUGACAACCUGGGAUUUUAUGCAUCAUGCUUUUAAUAAGCGCCGACAACAGAAGACGAGAAGCCUCUCUCCAAAACUUAACCCCCACCACCACCUCCAGCACACACACACACACACACACACACACACACACACACACACACCUCUUUAGGCUGCCUGAUCCCUGGAUUUACGGGCUUAGCAUUAAGAAAAUACUCCUGCAAUUUGGGAUUAGACCCCCAAAAACCCCUCACAACAACAAUGACUCCGUCCAUUUGAUAUCUUGAUACUUGUGAUCAAUCGGCGGCUUUGUUGCCGUCGACCGCGGCCAAUUUUCUGAGAACACACAGAGGAAAUGAGACAACGAUUCAUAUUCAUUUCCUCUGAACUCGACCUGCCAAGGUUUGUUUUUUUUUCCUUAAUCUUGAUUUUGGUUUUCCUGCCUCAGACGCCCACGAGGUGACUUCUCUCUGCAGGUACCUGACGCAUCAUUUAAAUUAAUGAUUGGAAUUAAAAGAGCAGUUUUUUAAUUUAUUUGACUUAUUGUUAACCAUGUGGAUGUUGUUGGAGAAUAAACAUUAUAUGUGCAUGUGUUCCAUUAUAUCAUGAUAAAAUAUAAAUAUAGGAAGUGAACUAAGUGGAGACAAUAGGAGGAUUUACAGAGCGAGACAGAUGUUUUAUUUCCUGUGAUCCUCUGAGUUCAGUCUGUUGGUUUCAUUAGUUUCGGUGAAGUCACCCUGACAGCAGCAGCUGCUCGUGUCUGAACCUGCGCUGCAGCUUUCUGCUUUUUAACUACUAACUAAUAUUUUCUGAAGCUAAUCAGCCGGUAAAAGGUCCUCAGUGUCAUUUGGGGAUAAAAAUAACUCCUGUCUGUCCCGGGGGAGCAGAGUUCUCUCAGAUACAAGAGAAAAUUAUGUGUUAACAAAACAACCAGGAUCCUUUAUUUCUAGAGAGCAGUGCAGGCCUGCAGCCUCCAGAUCUGUCAAGUAAAUGUGUGAAAAAAAACUACUGUAGUGAGAGUGAACGUCAGCCAUCUGAGGAGAACUUCAGCUAAAGUCUUAACGUGUCUGAUGUUAAAUGUACUUCAGUGAUUAUAAGAACAGUUAAAAGUGUCUGAUACAUGAAUGUACAUGCAUGUUUACACUGUGUCACUGUUUUAUCUUGACCUGAUUAUGAUGAAAUAAAUACAUUUAAAUGCAGCAUGUGUUGUGAAAGGUAACCAGUAACUUUACUGAGGCUGUUAAAUAAAUGUAGGGGAGAAAAACACUUUUUAAAAAUGUUUUCAGGAGAAGCAGAAAACAGAAAUAUCUGUAGAAGAUCCUUAGAUUAUAUUUUAUGAGUUUAUUUACUUUUACUUACUUUAACAAAACUCAUUUAAUCUGAUUUGUCAGGAAACAUUUCUUAUUUUUUUUUAGCAGUAUUUAUUAUUUUAGUGAGUGACGUCAUGACAUCUGUGCAGAAGCUAAUUAAAGGGUCAGCUGGUUUGACAUUAGCUACAUUCAUGCUAACUGUUUUUAGCUAACUUGUUUAAUUGAGAAAACUUCUCCAUUUUAACUUGUCUUGCUUCCUCGCAGCUGAAGCAUAAAGACGUGACGCGUGUUGACAUCAGUUACAGAAGCUUAUUCCAACGCUCGGCUGCUGUGUUAGCAUCUCGUUAGCUCGGGAUGCUAGCAGCCGUCAUGGCAGCCGCUUCUUUCUCCUUCAACUUUCUGACACGAGCGUUCCAACCGCGUCACGUGGCUCGUGCUCCGUUCGAAAAGGGGGCGGGUGUUUUCCUGCGGCCGAGCUCGCGGGUGGGCUCCGAUUGGCGGUCCGCGUCGCCUCCCGCGGCCGGCAGAGCGCUGUGAUUGGCUGGCAGGUCUCAGACCCGCGUGCUUGCCUGGACUCAUAGAGGCGCGGGCCUCGGAGACGAGCACCAAUCUCCGUCCGUCAACACCGGCAGCAGAGAGCACGAGCGCGCAGGAAGCAGAGAGCGAGCCCGGCUGAUUGAUCAACGAUUCUCCGCUAAAGAUGUCGAUUUAAUAUUUAAUCGAUCCUGUGAGCUGCACGAGGAGCCGCGGCACGAGUUUACCUCCAUGUGGAUAUUUGUCCAAACUGGAUCUGUGACGACUUACAGGAAGUUACAACAAGGCGCGUGAAGAAGAAGAAGAAGAAGAAGAAGAAGGAGCCGACCAGAGCGCCUGAACACCGGGGACCAGAGCGCCUGAACACCGGGGACCAGAGCGCCUGAACACCGGGGACCAGAGCGCCUGAACACCGGGGACCAGAGCGCCUGAACACCGGGGACCAGAGCGCCUGAACACCGGGGACCAGAGCGCCUUCAGCCCGUGCAGACUCCGGUCUCCCCUCCGCGCUUCGAGCAUGAUGUCUUAUCUCAAACAGGCCCCGUACGGGAUGAACGGACUGGGCCUGAGCGGAGCCGCCAUGGACCUGCUGCACCCGUCCGUUGGAUACCCCGCGAACCCGCGGAAGCAGCGCCGGGAGCGGACCACCUUCACCCGGACGCAGCUGGACAUCCUGGAGUCGCUGUUCGCCAAGACGCGCUACCCGGACAUCUUCAUGAGGGAGGAGGUGGCGCUGAAGAUCAACCUGCCGGAGUCCAGAGUGCAGGUCUGGUUUAAGAACCGGCGGGCGAAGUGUCGGCAGCAGCAGCAGAGCAGCAGCAGCGCCAAGGUGAAACCCAUGAAGAAGAAGUCGUCGCCGGCGAGAGAGAGCACCGGGUCAGAGAGCAGCGGUCAGUUCACCCCGCCGGCGGUGUCCAGCUCCUCCUCCUCCACUUCCUCCGCCUCCUCCUCCUCCUCUUCCUCCUCCGUCUCCUCCGGCCUCGGCGGUCCCGGGCUGAUCAGCACCUCUACCUCCGUCACCGCCCCGGUGUCGUCCAUCUGGAGCCCGGCGCCCAUCUCUCCGGCCCCGGCGCCGCCCACGCUGCCCGACCCAGCCGCCCCCACCAGCGCCUCCUGCAUGCAGCGCUCCGUAUCGUCCUCCGCCGCCGGAGGGACGCCGUCCUACCCGGUGUCUUACAGCCAGACGGCGGCGGCGUACAGCCAGGGUUACCCGGCGUCGGCGUCAGGCUCUUACUUCGGCGGCGUGGAGUGCGGCUCGUACCUGGCGCCCAUGCACUCCCACCACCACCCGCACCACCCGCACCAGCUCAGCCCCAUGACCGGCAGCUCCAUGUCGGGACACCCGCACCACCACAUCAGCCAGACGUCAGGGCACCACCACCACCACCACCACCACCCGUCACACCACCACCAGGCGUACAGCGCGCCCGGCCUCGCCUUCAACUCCACAGAUUGUCUGGAUUACAAAGAGCCGACGGCGGCUUCGGCCUGGAAACUCAACUUCAACACCUCCGACUGUUUGGACUACAAAGACCAGGCGUCAUGGCGUUUCCAAGUGCUGUGACUUCCUGUGUUUCUCUUCUUCUCUGCUUACAAAGAAGUAUUCUUUUUGUUGUUGGUGGUUUAUUUUUUGAAGAUCCUUUUAAACUAACAGUAGAGACAUUUUAAAAGAAAGUUUUAUCUGUGAGCAAACUGCAGCGACACCUGAAGCUCCGUCGUUAUCAGCUGAUCGACUCGUCCAGGAUUAUUUUUCUACUCCAGAACUCGAGAGAAACUGACCCAGUUACAACUUUUAAAAGGCCUUUCGUAGUCAAAUUUCAGUGGAAGCUGCAGAUUGUGCAGUCUGGGAUCGUCUCAGCGGCCGAGCGACCUGGACCUGACCUGGAUUAUUCUGCACCAGAAAGAAACAACAUGAAAACUAAAAAUCUCAAAUUGGACUCUUGAACGGGCUUUUUUCAGAAACAUGAUGCUGCUAUGAUGUUCAGGUUGCUGAUGUUCAUUUCUAUCUGAGUUCCAACUUGAAUCUUGUUCAGAAGCCCUGCUGGUGUUGUAUGUUGGAGAUUGAAUUGCAGCACUUGUUUAUAAGGUGAAAGAUUUUACUGUUUGUUUGUUUUUUUUGUUUUUUUGCAGAGGAAAGAAAAUAAAAAUGUGAAUUAGACACGCAAUGUCAGUAUUCCAUUGAAAUUUGAAAGAUGUACAUUCGUGUCUUUAUAAUAAAGUCUUGUUAAAACAC